GAUUUUGUUGCUCUGCGUGCAAGUGUUUUCAUCGUUAUUUUGCAAAACAAGAAUCGAAGUUUGACGAGUUUAAAUAGAUAUAAUCAUAAUUCUAAAAUGUAGUUACGAUAACUUGUUUUAUCGAAAAUCAGAUAAACACUACUUCAAACAGGUGUAUAAGCGUAAUAGAUACUUAGCAAAAGUUAACCUCAUUAUAUGUUAUAUCGCUGAAGUUCUUCUAAACUAGUGUAUAAUCUGUUGUCUUUACCACGACAGAUAUGAACAGUGGAAUAAAUAUAACUACAAAACGAAACUAUACAUACAAUUAAUUUAAAACACGUGAUAAUGGUCGUGUGCAAGUUUUUUCUGCAAGGAAAUUGCCGAUAUGGCAAUAAAUGCAAAUUUGAACACUCCAUCAACACUGAUACAAGUGAAGUUGGAAAGUCCAUCAUGCGUCCGCGAACCGCGACACCUGGGUCUGUGGACAUAGCAAUGCUAAUUAAAUCUGUGCAAACAGAUAUGUUGAACUGUGAGAAAGGGGGCCAAUGGCCUCUCUCUUCUUAUGCUCCCUUCAAAGAGAAAGCUAAUUUUCCAGGCUUUGAGGAUCAAUCAUUUGAGGAAGUAAGACUGGGUUUCUAUACUGCUACCACAGCUGGAACCCUGAAUCAAUAUAAACAACUGCUGGAGAGUUCCCUCCAGACUGCAAUCUGUAAUAUGAGGGCCCUUCAGACACCAAAUGAGCAUGUAGUACAGACAUUGCAUAAAAUCUACACCACACCUGUGUAUCAUGGCCAGCCAUACUCGCAGGCGCCGUUUGGAGCCGCACCAUUCCCACCAACAAACUCGUCUUUCGCGCCCUCACCAUUCGGUGGCACCAGUGCAACCGCUUCAAAAUCUGUCUUUGGUGGCGCACCGACUUCAAAUUCACCUUUUGCGUCAACGUCCAUUUUUGGUGGAUCUACUCAGCCCACGACUGGCAACAUUUUCGGCGGCGGGGGGCCAAUAUUUGCCCCAACACCUCCGGCAACAGUUGCUGCCCCGACCGGCUCAAUUUUUGCGCAGGCCGCGAAGAAUUUCCAACCGUCGCAAAUUCAACCCCAGCAAGCGCCCUCGAUUUUCGGCCAGCCGCCUACUGCUUCAACGAACGUUUUCGGACAAGCCGCGCAAAACGUGUUUGCCACACGGGCCCCGACAGCUCCGACUCAAAACGUUGCUGUUUCAGCUUUCGGUAAAACCCAAGGUUUACUUUCGAACGCGCAAACGAGCAAUUUUCCGGUCGGAACAAACACCCAAGCUACAAACAACAUUUUCGUACAAAAUCAACCAACAACGCAACACAGCAUUUUUGGUUUGGCUCCACCCAGCAAAUCCAAAAGCGCGUGCUACGCUGAUGCUACAUUAUCCACAGAGCUGCAAGACAUUUACACGGCAGAGCGAUUUAAGUUUGGGCAGAUACCAAUUACGCCGCCCACUGCGGAUCUGUCAUGUUGAAAUGUUUCGGUUCAUAUAUUUAUAAACGUUUUAUACAGAUUUAGGCAUGUCAACAUCUGGAAGGAUUGGAGAUUCAGUUACGACCGGAGUCUCUUUCUUCGCACGCUCGGUGCGUUCCCAAGCAUUGUCGAAGCGAUAAUCCAGAUCAACGCCGGGUCUAUCCACCAGGUGUGGUUUCAUCUUGAAGCGCUCCUGCAGCUCCAGUUGGCCCACGCGAUCGCCGUAAUCGCAUCCCACGAUGGAUUUGAAAAUCUCCUCGGGUGUGGAAACACCAGGCACACAUUUCUUCGAAAAGAACUGCAAAAACAUAGUCAUGUUAAAAUUGUAAAUUAUAUAAUUGAUUGGCAUUGAAAUGCA